AUGAAUCGUCUACCCGAGAGCCACCAUGCGCAGCCCCCGCAUGGGGGCUAUGGGGACGUAUGGCGCGCGCAACACCCACAUCCUCCCCCUCCACCUCUACACUACGACCAUCAAGAACCGCGUUCUGCCCCAACUCAACCGCCUCCCCCACCAUAUUUCCCCGUGAAUCCAAACCGCGAGUUACCUCAGCCUCCACCACAUGCAGAUAGUCCUUAUGGACGUCCAAAUGGUAUUAAUGGCCUGUCGGGUCUUUCGCAUCCAGGCCCGGAGCCUAGUCCCAUACAUACUGGUUAUCGACCCCCGCUCAAUGGAUCUCCGCACGAGGCCUCGCCUCAGUCCGCUCCUCCGGACUAUCGCUCGCGCUUGAGUCACCCGUCUACCGAGCCAAACAUACCUAGCGAAUCAUCACCGCCUCUCUCGGUGCCGCCCCAUGCACCACAAUAUGUUUCGCCGAGUGCACAUGUGCCGUAUCCUGAUUAUCCGGGUUACUCGCAGAACCCUGCGUAUGGAGCCCGCCAGCAACAGCAACGCAAGCCGGCUCGAGCGACCCAAGCGUGUGAUCAAUGUCGAGCAAGGAAAGCCAAGUGUGAUGAAGGACGACCAGGUUGUAGCCAUUGCAAAGAGAAUAACCUCACUUGCGUGUACAAGGAGGUACCACCGCAUAAGUUUGAUAAGGGAGCUCAGGCUCUACUCGAAAGAAUCGAUAAGCUGCAGGACAGUACUCAGUUACACCUUGAUACCCAGGACAGAAGGGCGGAAGUUACGUCAGGGAGGAUAGAAAGCACGUUAUCCCUGUUGGGAGAGGAUGUGAAGAAGAGGUUGGAAAUCCUUGACAGCAAUGUGGCAAAGCUUCUUCUGGGCAUGACUGGUUCCAUGCCAAGGAAAGGGCCGAGCCAAAUCUUGCAAGAACCGCCUUACGUUGAAGCUAAACCCACUAUACCCCUGGUGGUCCCGCCUGAGACUUCUUUUGACGAGAAGAACGUCUCCUUUAAAUCGUCGACAACGGCAGAGAUACCGGCUCCUGCUGAUGGCGCGAGACAAGAGGAAGGUGAGGAGGGCGAGGGCGAAUUAUCGAUCCCAGUGGAACACACGACUGCCGCACAUAAACUUCUCAUGUGGCCCUCCAUUCAAGCGCUUCUCAGCCCCAACAAGUACGACCCAGACUAUGUCAUGAUAGUCGAAGAGAAACGGGGUCUCAUCAGCGUUCAAGGACAGGGCGAGAAUUCCUACACGGCUGAUGAUACACGAUUGCCCUCCACUGUCAACUCCUGGGACAAACCCCAGGUGGAUUCAAAUGGGAUUUCCGUCGUUCAGGGCGAAUCAACGGAUGAUGUGGACGCGGAAAUUGACCAAUAUGGUCUUUUGCGUCUGGAUAAAACGACCGCUAGACGCUACUACCGGAGCUAUAUGCAACACCUCCAUAAGCUCCAUCCUUUCCUCGACCCGGACGUCUUGCCACUGCAGAUCGAGGAAUUCAUCCGGAUAUAUUGCCCCAGCGAUACACCGAAUAUAUGUCGAGACAACCCAGGCGCGAAGCGAAAACGUUCCUAUGAUGAUGAUCUGCAGGGCGUGCGGGGGGCUCCCCUAGACCCUACUGCUGCCACUUCUCGACCACGGGUCGGCAAAAAUAUUGACAACGCUGUUAUUCUGUUGGUAUUUGCACUUGGAGCCAUUUGCGAGCACCCGUCACCACUGCCGGGUCCGAUCAUGGAUCAACCUAUCAACUAUCGCACAGAAGAGAUCCCUGCCCCCUUGCCGGCACCUUUAAGUAUAAAUGGCAUGUUGUCGCCGGCCAACUCCGAAACGGCAAUUCAACCAAACUCAUACAGCUUUCAUCCGCCAAUCCCAACAUACUCAUAUCCUACACCCGAAUACGAACCGACCGUAAAUCUGUCUAGGAAAAACAUCUCCACGACUAAAGACAGCUUUGGCAACGUCCGAAAUUCUCAGGUCAUUCCGGGGCUGGCUCUCUACGGAUAUGCCACACAGAUAUUGGGUCCUUUGCAAGGUGGAGUGGAGUUGGAACACGUUCAUGCAGGCUUACUUGCGGGUCUCUAUGCUGGUCAAUUGGCCCACCCUUUCCAAAGCCAUGCUUGGAUCUCCCAGGCUGCUCGUGCUUGUCAAGUUCUUAUCCGAUUGAAGCGGUACGAAAGACUUCCGAAUGGCCAUGUGAAGGAUGUCUAUAAUUUUGCCUACUGGACCUGUUUACAACUCGAGAGUGAUCUUCUUGCGGAGCUCGACAUUCCUGCUAGUGGGAUCUCUCGCUCUGAGGGUCGGAUGAGUCUCCCCAGGGGCAAACUGGACUAUCCUCCUGAUAAGAUAUCUCACGAAGAGAGCAUGUUGAUGUUCUUCUACUCGGCGCAAAUCCAUCUUCGCAAGGUCCUCAACCGUGUCCACACUGAUUUGUACAAAGUCGAAAAAAAUAACCAAAAUCGAUGGUGCUCAAGUGUGCAGACAACUCUGAGUCUGAACCUCGACCUCUGGCGUGACAGCCUACCGCAAGCCAUGAAGUGGUGUGACAGCGAACCACCGGCCAAGGAAAUCAACGCUGCUCGCAUGAGAGCCAAAUAUUACGGCGCACGAUACAUCAUCCACCGUCCUCUAUUAUACUUUGCCCUUCAUUACGGUCAGGAGGGUGCCCAAGUAAAUGGACACCAAGUUGGUGUGAACUCACCCACCGCUUCUCAAAAAGCCUCAUCACAGCAGAUGUCACCCCCCAGCACACAACCCAUGCAACGUAUUAUGAGCGACAGAGGUGGCGCGCCAGGCCCGGUUUCACCAUCUUUUCCAGAUGGAUGGGUUAAACCCACUGUGCACUUCCGGGAUCUUACACCGCAACUCCGCUCAGCCUGUAGGAUCUGUAUCAAUUGUGCAAUCUCAAGCACGGAGGCUUUUGAUGGCAUUGAAGGUCGACUCGUUGUGACCAACAUCUUUGGCACUGCUCAUGCUCAAUUUGGUAACAUGCUCGUCCUAUCAGCGACCUACAUGUCCAGUCUCUCCGACCUCGUACCAAGAGAUACACUGCAUCGACUCCUUAAACGAACCAUUGACUUCCUCUUGCGCAACGUGAAUAUCUCGCCAACUCUUCGCGCUGACGCUAGAAUCCUGACUGAGAUCUACGAGAAGAUCUUUCGCAAACCCCUUGUCCCUAAUGUACCUGUUUCUUACUGA